ACUUCGAACUUUUAAUUAGUAGAUAGUAGGUAGUAGGUAGUAGGAGGCCAAUUGAUAGUGCAAAGCUUUCACUUGUACUUGUGAUGGAACGAUAUUUUUAAAAUUCUAGCCUUAUAACUAUAAUAUAAUUAAUAAUUAUAAUAGACUGGUAUUUCGUAUCAUCGGAUUUUAGUAUUUCGAACUCACAAGGGUAUUUCCAAAACGAAACCAACACAAAAAAAAAAACAUUUAAAAAUUUUAGUAUGAUUUUAAUAUAAUUUUUUUAGUCUCACCCUUUUUUAUAAUUUUUAUAAGAUAAUCUUUUAAUAAUAAGUUAGACUUUAUAAGUAGGCCUAUAAGUUUAUUACUUUUCUUAUCUAUUUACUAAUUAGUAGUCUCAUGCUCCUCAUAAUAGACUGGUGUCUGACAGUGACUAAUUCAAAUUCAGGUUUCCCUGGAAUAAUUGGCUUAAAUUUAAAUCUUAAUAAAUUAAUUUUCUUAAUAAAUAGUAAUAAUAAAAUUAAAAUAAUAUGCCAAUUUAGGCCUAGGUCUAGGCGUUUCUAAAAUAACUGAAAAGUAAAUACAGGGACGUAACUAGUAACAUAGAAAUUGAAAAGUAUAGCUACAAAAAAAAAUUCUUGAUAGAAAAUGACAAAGGUUACAAUAUAAGCCCUAUACUUAUACUAUAGCCUAGUCUAUAGUAUUGUAAAAUUGUAUACAUAGACAUAGUAUAGUUAUAGGCCAAGGCUAUAAUUCAUGAUAAUAAUAGUAGGGCUCUGGACUUGAGUGACCCUAUAAGGUCCCAAUUAUUGGGCCUAUCCAGUUUGUUUAAAAUUUUAGGCUAAGUUAGUUUGCUAUUAAAAAUUAAUUAGUAAUAUAUAAUAUUAUUGUAAGCAUCAGGUUAUGAAAUACCCCUUACAAUUAUUUAAUACAAAUUAGUCAAAUUACAAAUAGGGCCAACCUGGUGGUGUUGAAGUAGAUUAUGCUGUAGGCAUUAUGUGGUCAGGAGUCAGGUGUAAUGAAAAAAAGAUGGAGUUUCUAAGUUUGUGUGAGACUAAUUGACUGACUAAUCUUUUAGGCAAGUUGAAAUAAGGAUUUCAGCCUAUUAUUUAUAACAAACUAUGACUAUAGACUAUAUUAUUAAUCUUUAGACUAAGUUAUUAGUUUGGGGCGUUUUUUACUAAGUAGAUAGUAGGCAUAGGCUUUAACUUCUAAGUGUGCCUAAAUAUUAAUUAAUUUGAGCCUAUGCCCAAUGCCUAUAUCAUUAUAAUUUAUAUUACUAUUAUAUUUUAUAAAAUUCAUUUUAAGUUUAUUAUAUAUACUGAAUUGGUGGGCCCUUACCGUAGAGUUAAUCAGUUACUUUGUAUGCCUUGCCAGCCUAGUCUGAAGGAUGGUUACCGUACUCAGUGGUGUAGCUAGGGUUGUCUCACCUGGUGCGGUCAACUUAUAACUUAUGGUUUCACCCCCAUGCCCCCAACUUCCACGAUGGAUUUCUUCUUUUUAAGAUAAGUCCACAUUAUGAAAAGAACAAUAACAAAUUAAUUGAAGGUCAGGAGGUUAAUGUAUUUGAGAACUGUAACAUGUACUUAGAAUCGUCCGACCACAUCGUAUUUGGUAUCAAAGCUUCUUGUCACGAAAGUUACAGAACACUCAAUCCGCAUUGAAUCAUGGUGUUUUUAUGACUUGUUGAGGUCGUCCAUUAAUUACGUCAACAAUUUUUAAGCAAUUUUCGACCCCCUCCUCCCCCCUUGUCAACAACUGUCAAACUUUCAAUGACCCCCCCAUUUGUUUUUGCAAAAAUUUUCUACCCCCCCCCCCCACACACACACACACAAAAAGAAUUAUAUUAUAUUAUAAAUAAAUUACAAAUACAUUUACUUUGUGCUGAUCUAUUUAAUGACAAUAAAAUUGUAGGAAAAACAUUUCAUUACAUCUUUAGCUUGUUAAUCAACAAGUUAAAAAGUUUUUACACAUAAAUUUUAUAAUGCAGAAUCAAUUGAAAGGUUGUUAAAGACUAAAUAUCAUUGUAUGUGAUGUAAAUAUGAUUAUUGUCAGUAAAGCUGACAAUUAUAGUAUAGUUUCUAGCUGCUAUCAUCUUCCCAAGGAGUAGCCAGGUUUGCUCUAUCGUAACAGAGACAUCAUUUGGGUAGUGCAGGGGGGAUUUGCCCCCACCCCCCUAAUUUUCAGGUUUUAUUUAAAUUGCUAACUAUGUACUGUGGCGCCUCCAGUAAUAAAACAACUCAACAAGCUGACCAAGUUUUGGUUUUGGCCCCCUCCUCCCCUGAAAAAAACAGGAAAUGACACCCCUGAUGGGCAUAGUCUAUUGUAGCUGAUUGAUCAUUUUCAUUUUUAAUAGAGAAAACAUGAUUGUUGACGUCAACUAAUCUAAACCCCCUCCCUCCCCCUUGUCAACAACUGUCAAACAUUUCCAAACCCCCUCCCCCCCACUCCUAUUUUGUUGACGUAAUUAAUAGGCACCUCCUCAUAGGGUCACCUCAUGUCUGACGCAUCAACCUUGAACUUUUAAUACAGAACACAUUUGGAUUGGUUGUGAAAUUUACGUGUGAUUGGAUAUCCAUUUAUGAAAUCCCCCCUUCACUAUGCCACAACCAGUACUUCCCAUAAUUAUUAUGUGAUUAAAUAAUCAAAGGCCCUCUAGGCCUACUGCAAAUUAAAGAAUUGAGGAACUUAUUUUCCCCUUUGCAAGCAAAAGUUCAAAUUUCUUACUCAUAUCAACUGACUAAUUUUUUGCUCUUGAAAGCAGAAUCUUCUUAACUUUUAGUUUUUCCAGUAGGAUUCUUGUCUAAGUAGCCCUAAUUAAUUCAAGGAAACCUUUUAACUAUGAUGUCCAUUCUGUAAGUCUAAUACUAAUAGUUUAAUCCUAGUUGAAUUUGUACAUUAGCCAUUUAUUUAAAUACUUUUGCAGCCAAAGCAACUUUUCUGCAUUCUUUGUUUGAUUAUGGCAUAGCCACAGUAAUCAAGACUAACAUUGCAAACCACCUUUGCAAAUAAUAACUUUGGACUAUUAUUAUUUUCAAUCACUAAAGACAAAAGUCAGGAUAUACUUGAAAAUUUACAAAAUACAGACUUGUAAGUGUGUGAAAGAGGAGAUUCAGAUAUUGUUGAUCUGAAGUUUCCUGAUUAGAGUCAGCCCUUACCGUACUUGAAAGGUGACUCAGAAGUGUAAUAGAAGGGAUAUAACAUUAAUUAGAUUAUGGCUCCCAUACCAGAGGAAAAUCAAGAAAAACCACCCAAUGGAAACAAAGAUGAUUCUGAAAUUAACAAUUUUUCAAAUGUAAACCAAGUAGUUUUUGGAGAUUCAGAUUCAAGUGAUGAAGAGGAAAUUAUCACACCUGGUGGAUACUCACUUCUUCCGCAGGAACCAGACGAUGAUUGGGAGCGACAAGAAGAUGAUGACGACGACGUGGGACAGUUUUUUGAUGAAGAACCAAAUGCUGGAUAUGAAGUUUAUAAUGCACAUUCCUCGUCUCUGAAUUCAGAGGCUGCAUCAGGUGUGCUUUUGGGAGAUGAUAUCCAUAACAAAUGUCUGCCGGACACUGUACUAUCUUCAGAGGCUGGAGUGUCUUCCCCCACUGUGACAGCAGCUAAUGCUUCAUGCCAUCCAUCAUUCCUAUCAAAGUAUCCUGAUGGGAAAAUUCCUUCAUAUAUGCAGGUAGUUUUCCUUACUGGGUUUUAGUUAAUAUUGUGGCUAAAGUAAAUAGACAUUGUGAUUUUUCUUUUCUCAUAUCCUUUUUCAAAUGUAGUAAAACUGUUAUGAAUGAAACUCUUUCAGAUCCCAUCUGUUCCUAAAGAUAAGGAUGGACUUCUAUGGAAUCAGAAAAGACUUGAGCAUGACAAGCUUACAUUAGAUUCAGGUAGGCUUUUAAUUUUUACUGAUUGUACUCUUUGCAAUUAGCUAGUCAGUGCUGAGCUGUUUAAAGCCUGCCAUAAAUCAGCCUCACAAUGUUAUUUAGAAAUUUGAAAGUAAACAACAGCUAAAGUUCUACUAGUUACUGUGGAACAUUUUUUUUUUUAAAUUGUGAAAUAAUUUAAUAGAACCAUAAAAAUAUAUGAUGAUAAAUGGAAAAAAUGGAUUGUUUCAAAAGUUUAUUUUUCUAAUUGUAUAGUCCAAGAGUCAAAGAUUUUGAGGGCAAUGUCUGGAUUCUCAUUACCAUCUGACAGCAUUCCUGACUGGGGUAAAAAUUUACCUGAUGAUCAGUGGCGUGUUCAAAUUUUACACCGUAUUGGCACUGCAUCAAGUUCCAAAAAACAUUACAGUGAAGAGAACAGUGAAAGUGAAGUACAUGUUGAAGUGAAAGCUUCAUCUGAUAAAAGCAGUGAAUGGAUUGCAGAAUUUCCAGACUUUGACCAAGGACAGGAUUAAUUAUUUAAUGAAAUAAAUGGGUGUUGAUGAUCACUAGUUGGUGCAGCCACCAAUUACAUUUUUGAUUUAGUAAUAGUAAUAAGUAAGUAAGUAAGUAAUAGUAAUAAGGCUGUGGUAAAAUUUUAAAAAGAAACUAAUUAAUAAACACCACAUUACAUGAAAAUUAUCAGCAUUUUUAUAAAAUGUGAGUUUAUUGGAACCCUAAGGUUGUUAAAUUAAGCCGUUAAAAUAAUAUUACCGUUACUUCAAUUUUUCUUUAAAAAGUGUUUAUCCUCUGAAUAACAGUAUUCAGUAAAAUCUAAAAUUUACUCUGGAUUUGCUAAGGCCCUGUAAUUUCUUUAUAUUAUUACACAGAGAACAUAUAGUAAAUAUACAUUUUUUGCAACAGCUCGAUGACGCUCAUCUAUAUUAGCUUAUUUAUUUAAAUAACAUGUAAUUAAUUUUGAAGAACAAUUUCUAAUGCACUUUCUGUAAUUUUGUUCGGUCAUUGAUGGAAAAAUAUUAAGAUUAACUUGAACAAAAGUUAUUUAAACUUUUAUUUUAUCAGUACUGUUAAUGAGUGCCCAUUUUGUUAAGUGCUAAAAAAAUCACAAGGUUUUAACGGAAAACCCAUGUCUUGGAUGCACUUUUGGCGGGAAUUGUAAGAUGAUUAAUAAUUAUUAUGUGUAACUCAUUUUUUUGUUGGUUUUUUAAAAUUAGGGUAAAGUUUAAAUAUUUUUUUAAAAAUCUUUAUUUCAGUUAAGUGUGGGAUGCAUAUUUUUAUUUAUUCUAGAAAGAGUUAGGCAAUCAUAUUAAUUCCAUUAUCAAUGUAUUGCCCUAAAUGGUACAGCAUAAACACAAUUCUAUUUCUAAGCCCAUAUUUUGUUUUUCUUAAAAGAUCCUUUUACUUUUUUUAGCUCAUUUAUUUUAAGAACAUUUGUUGAGAUUACACUUGAAGAGUUUCUGUUUCAGCAUUGUUUGAUUAUAACACUGUUAAUAGUAAAAUCUAAAUACUUCAUUUAUUACCAGUAUAUAUAUAAUAAAUAUAUGUUGGUAAAAAUGUUAAAUACUUUCACUAUUUCUGUUAUCAUACUGCAGUGGUUUCCAACCUUUUUUGACUUGCAGAGUCCUUUUUAAAAUCUAUUUCUAUACCUACUACCUUACGUCUUACAAGUUUAUAGGACUUUCCUAAAGUGAACGAGGAGCCCCUGAGACAUCUGUGAGGAGCGCUUAUGGUUCUGAAGAGCACAGGUUGGGAACCAUUGCUGUACUGAAAUAGAAUGAAGUUGCCAAAGGCUGUGAAUAUUUAUAUUUAUAUGCAUCAUAUUGCUCUGGCAUCGGUUAAAUCUCAAAAUAUUAGAAAUGUACUAGCAUUAACUUUUGUACAAUUAUGAUAACACUGCAUUCGUGAAAUCAGGUGCAUGUUAAAUAGUUCACUUAAUAAAUACAUGUCCUCCUGUUUCCAGAACUAUAUUUUAUUCAGGGAUCAUGAAAAGCAAGAAUUUUUUUUUUUAAAUGACUGGUCCAGCUGUCUAGCUUUUACUGUUUACUAAAGAAAUACCGUACUGAAAAUGAUAUUUUUGUUUAAGUAACAUGUAAAGAUAUCAAACUCAUGUUUAGAAGGGAAAAAAUAUAUUUUUUUUUAGCUAUAAAACUUUUUGGAAGUAAUGGAAGAUAUCAUUUGAGUGAACUGGCAUCUUCAUCAUUCAGCAAAGAUCCUUGUUGAUGGUUUGAGGUAUUCAUGACACAUGGUUUGUCAGUGCUACUUAUGUACUAGAUUAAAAACUGCAUGUCUAGUAGGCACACUGGAUAACUUAUGCAUUAAUUUUAUGCAUGCUAUGAUUGGAAUGUUAAAUACAAAACAAUAGCCAAUGUUUUGUGUUAAGCAGUGUUCUACCAAGUGUUUCUAAUGUGUCUCACUAACCAGUUGACAUCUGUCUUUAACUAUAAUUUUUAAUGCUCAUUUAAAUAAGAAAGAAGAUUUAAAGCAAUAAAUAAUUUGUAUGAUUGCAAUAUGAGUAAUUCAUGUAAAUCAAUUUUAGUGAUUGAUUAAACCAAUGAACUUGUGGAUUUGAACAAAUAAAAUUUUCACAUAUG